AUGGCAGUUCAACAACGUGAAAGAGAUCUCUUCGAUGAAGAGUCGGUUGAUAUAGAGAAUGUUUGUAAUUACGUGCCUAUUUCUGAGCUAACUAAGGAAGGAGUCUCGCAGGCUGACAUUAACAAGUUGAUUGAGGCGGGGUACAAUACGGUCGACGCAAUCGCAUACGCCCCUAAGAAGAAUCUCUUGAUGAUUAAAGGCUUCUCAGAGACUAAGGUUGAUAAGCUGGUUAAGGAGGCCCAUAAGAUGAUUCCGCUUAAGUUUGAGACGGCGGCUGCUAUUCAUGAGAAACGGUCGCAAAUGUUUAUGUUGACCACGGGGUCAAGUGAAUUGGAUAAGCUACUUUGUGGUGGAAUUGAAGCUUGCAGUAUUACGGAACUGUUUGGGGAAUUCCGAACGGGUAAGACUCAAAUAUGCCAUAUGCUAUCUGUGUCGUGCCAACUACCAGUGGCUGAUGGAGGAAUUGGUGGUAAGUGCAUUUAUAUCGAUACGGAAGGAACUUUCCGACCCGAUCGUGUCAUUGGUAUUGCUAACCGAUUUGGCCUCGAUCCAGGGACUGUCUUGCAGAACAUAGUCUGUGCUAAGGCACAUAGUACGGAUGAGUUGGACGAGUUGCUAAUUAAGGCGACAGCCUUGCUCUCUCAGGACAACUAUAAACUCUUAAUUGUGGACUCGCCUAUGUGCUUGUACCGAACGGACUUCUCGGGCCGAGGUGAGUUAGCUACUCGGCAGAUUGCCUUGGGCCGCUUCUUACGCUCCCUGCACAAAUUAGCUGACAUCUACACGAUUCCAGUUGUGAUUACCAACCAGGUCUCGGCCAAAGUGGAUGGAGCUGCGGCUAUGUUUGGUGGUGAUACUAAAAUGCCAAUUGGAGGGCACAUUAUGGCGCACUCCAGUACGACUCGGCUCUAUUUAAGAAAGGGUCGUGGAGAGACUCGGAUUUGCAAGGUCUAUGACUCGCCUUCCAUUCCAGAGUCGGAAGCCAUGUUCGCUAUAUCCGAUGGUGGUAUCAUUGAUGCCUCUGAGUAA